AUGGCGACGCUGAGCGCUGUCUGGCCCACCGCGCCGGUGCGCGCAGCCGCCUCCAAGGCAGCGCCGACGGAGCCGCUUGGCACCCGGCGCGAGGCCACCGCCCACGUGUACACGCAGCUCUGCGCGUCCUUCCGGCGGCAGUGCUCGGGCCUUGCGCUCACGACCAGCAGCCAGUACCGCCUGAUGGCGCGACGGGUAGGCCUCGCGCUGCACUAUCGAUCCCUUCUUAAAUACGCGGCGCCGAGCUCCGUGUAUGAAACAGCGUUUGAUGAUAUUGCGUCGCGGUACAAGGCGCUGCAGGCACGUCUCGAGGCGGCGGCGACCGUCGACUGCUGGGACGCAGUGGACCUCCACGUCCAAGAGGCGAAAGCCAUGAGCGUGAGCCUCGUACAGGAACUUGAAAAGCUCUUGCGAUGCAUUCGCGCUGACACGGAGGCCUGUCUCGCGACUCGAUCGGUCAAGCGUCUCUUGCUCCACGAGCUGCCUACGUGCUUUCUCGGCGUCUUCUCCUACCUCAGCACUGGGGAUAUCGUGGCUUGCCACGCAGUGUGCACCGCAUGGCACCUCGUUUUAAGCUGUGAAGGGAUCCUCUCGUACGCAAUGAUGACACCUGCCACACGCUGGAGCUACUGGCGGCACUUUGCGCCGUCGGCAGCGUUGGACUACAGGACAUUUGUGCGACCCAGUGCGCACGACGAGUUGAUGGCCAAGGAGGUCGCACGCACGACGUUCUACCCGAAAGAGCUCUUGUACCCAACGACCAAGCCGCACGGCUACCUCUACCGGCUCGGGUCGACCGCGAACCUCUCGAGCUCGCCCUUGCUGCGCGAGCUCCACGCGAAGCUCAUGGAUAUCUUCCGCGCCUACGCGUGCUUUAGUCCGCACACGGGGUAUGGCCACGGGAUGACGCUCAUCGCGUCGUCGCUGCUCACGUGCCUGGGGUACGACACGAGCGCAACCUUUGUGACAUGGACGCUGCUCAUGGAACACCGGCUCAUGGGCAGCUUCUGGGACAGCGGCAGCCGGCGGUUUGGCCACGGACUCGAGUACCGGCUGCACGAGCUCACGUACUGCAUGUACCGGUACCUCCCGCAUCUCUCGCGCGUGCUGCAGAAACGUGGCAUCUCGACAGCGAUGUUUGCGACCAGCUGGAUCUUAUCGCUGUUUCUGAACGAGCGGUCGCUACCACCGGCGGUCUGCGCGCACAUCCUCGACGCAUUCAUUUCCGAAGGCUGGUGCAGCAUGUUUGCCUUGUACAUGGGGCUCUUCCUCCUCCACGACAUUCCGGCGUCGGACGACACAUCGACCGUACUGCGCAGUAUCUUGGCGCUGCCUCGCCACCUCGGCGAGUACGGCCUCGGGCGGUAUCGGUAUGCAGCCUACACGACGCUGUCACCACCGCUUGGUUCGCUCUUGGCGAUGUACGAGGCCGACGUGCCACCAACGUUGUAACCCUAUU